AUGGACAAUGAUGACGUCAAGUCGUGGCUCGGUGGCCUUGACGACGCCGCCAUGCUCACACCGUACCAGGCGCCUCUUCCAGAGACUGCCCUCGGGGCGGACGAAUUUCUCGGUCCGUACGUCCACCCCAACACCAACGGGGGCAAUGGUAUGGGACCACCAUCGCCGAGCGACUUUCUCUUCCAUGGACCCAAGCUCCCGCCCAUUGACUCAUGCCGCGAACUAGCCUCGCCGCUCAACCCCAAGAAACGCAAGCUCGACCCACCAUCGCCCACACACAGUGUGGGAAAGCCCUUGCGCCCUCUGCCCCUCCCCCACCGCUAUGAACAGUACGCGUUCAAACCCAAGUGCCCAUCCACUGCAUCGUCGUCUACCCGCUCCACCAUCCAGCGCCGCGAUGGCAUGCCCCUCGCACCCAUGCGGCGGCUCGACCUGAGUGACGACCAGGACGAUAUGCACGAUGGUGAGGACGAGAUGGACCAGGAUGACGUGGACGGUGACGAGCUGGACAGCGCGGACGAGAGCGCCGAUCACAAGAGUCCGCGUGACCCGCCCUUUCGCCAAGUCACGCCCAGUGAUGCGUCGGUCGAGCUCGACGACGACUACAUUCCUCUUAGCAGUAUCCGCUCUCGCGCAAUCGGGCGUAGUAAGCAUCCUCGCAAGGUGGCCAAGCCCAACCCCAAGCCGGUGCCAAAACCCAAGGCGCCCAAGGCCAAGAUUCCCGAAAACAAGGCGACGGAGACGAAGAAGACGAAGCUUACCCGCGGCGCUGCGGGUGAACGCCGCAUGUCCCAGAACCGCUCGGCGCAGAAGAAAUACAGGGACAAGAACAAACGGCUCGCUGAUCUGCGGUCCGACUUCAAUCUCGCCACGAUCCAGGCGACCAGCGAAUACAAGGCUGGCAAUAUCACGGGCGACGAAGCGAUGGAGCGUCUGACGAACGCAUCAGACUACUUCCGUACAGAGAUGACAGCCACCUGCAGCAUGACCGGCCAGCGGCUCGAAGAGGAGAUCACCGAGAUGGACGAGUAG